AUGGAAGGAGGUUUUCCAAGCUAUCAUGUAACCAUAAAUCACAGAGGGCCUGAUGUAAAGAAAACCCUUGCAAGUCUUAUCUACCGCAAUCUUAGAAAAUAUGGACUGCGCGUGUUCCUUGAUGUGGAGGAGCUGCAAAUAGGAGAUUCUUCACCUCUUGCGAUUGAAAGAGCAAUUCAAAGCGCAUCCCUUCAUAUUUGCAUUUUCUCUGAGACCUAUGCUGAAUCUGCGUGGUGCUUGAAUGAACUGGUUUGGAUAUUGGCCUGUGAGAAUGCCAAGGUUAUCCCUAUUUUCUAUGGCAUCCAACCUUCAGAUCUUCGCUAUACAGUCACGGGAGCGUAUGCCGAAGCCUUUCGCAACCAUAGAAUCCGCGGAAGGGUUGACACCCAACGACUGAAGAUAUGGCAAAAUGCGCUCAACAAGGUCUCACAUAUUUCUGGCUUGGUAUUCAUCAAGGAGAAAGAUGACCUUGGAGAGCUUAUGGAUAGAAUUGAAGACACCGUGCUGAGAGAGGUGAGAAGGGAAGCAUUGGAUGUAGCUAGAUACCCUGUGGGCCUCGAUAAAGCCGCAGAGCACUUUCAAAAUGAGGUUCUCUAUGAAACUGAAUUAAGCGAUAUCAAGGUUGUGGGUAUCGUUGGACCUGGGGGAUCGGGGAAGUCAACUCUAGCUAGACAUCUCUACAACGCAAAGCGUUUCGAAUUCAGUAGAUGUUGUUUCUUGUCUGAGGUGAGUGAAAAGAAAUUAUCAUCUGUGCAGCAAAAGCUGGUGACAAAACUUGUGGGUUUUCAGCCACAUGAGCAUAUUGACAACACCAGUGAAGGGAGAAGCACGAUUCAACAUCGUCUGGCUGGUUACCGGGUUUUCAUUGUUUUCGAUGGUGUGGAUAACAUGGAUCAAAUGGAGAAUCUCUUAUUCGUAGUGAAAGAAGUUAUAGGAUCUGGUAGUUUGAUUUUUGUUACUUCUCGUGACAGAGGUCUGCUUGCAUCUUCUGAGAUAAAAACAUUGUAUGAUGUAAAAUUACUUAACGUAAAAGACAGCCAAAAGCUGUUCUGUUUCCAUGCUUUCCAGCGCCCCGAACCAUCAGAAGGCUUUCAAGAUUUGGUGCAUGAGCUGGUUAAUCUGUGUGGUGGCUUUCCUUUGGCUUUGAAAGUUUUAGGUGGAUAUCUCUCUGGUAAAAGUGACAGAAGUUACUGGAUCCGGCAGGUGGGAAACUUCCGAAAACAACUACCAGAGAACAUUUUAGACAAGGUAUUAAGACAAAGCUAUGACUCUCUUGAAAGAAAGGAGAAAGAAGCAUUUUUGGACGUUGCCCACUUCUUAGUAGGAGAGAAUAAAGAUCUGGCAAUUAGGGUUUUGGAAGGAUUGGGUCACAGCGGCAAAGACUGUCUGGAUACUCUUCAUCAGAAAGGCCUUGUGGAGUUCCAAAGCCUCAACGUGGACUUCAAUAUUAACGUGGAGGACCAAUAUAUCAUGCCAUUCGACGAGCUGGGGAAUCCAAUAUGCUUGAAACAAAUCAGUGGUCUGUGGGGCGCCUCUAUGCAAGUGGCAGUGUCAGAAGGUGCGCCUCGUCUAUUUGUGAGAGAAGGGCAUGCUAGUUGUCUCAAAGCGAGAUAUUUGUGGUUGUUUGAGGAGUGGAGAAAGGUAGAAGAAAACAAUUAUUGCAAGCUGCAAUCAAAGCCCUACUCUGUUCGGGGAAUUUAUAGUGAUGAGGAUCAUGAGAAGCUUCAAUUGCCAGAAGUUUUACAGGAUGAGGAGAUAUGUGGAUUAAAUAUUUUGAUGCUUCGAUGUCCACUUGACAUCAAUAAUUUUUCUGGAGAUUUAAUAUGGCUUCGCUUGACUAAGUGUAACUGCAUCUGCAUUCCUUCUAGUCUUUCACUGACAAGUUUAAGAGUAUUGGAGCUUUCUGAUGUCAAUUUAAAAGACUUGAAUAUAUUAUGUGAUGCUGGUGUGACGCCCUCACAGCCGUUUAGCAAAAAGUGCCUGCUCUUUAAGCUCUUCCCUUCAGGGCUAUGCUUUCAUCGUAGAAGAAAUUACGAGGUUCUCUCUUCAAGCAGGCCAGAAAAUAGAUUUCAGCUGUUGUUUAGCAAGGUGAAGAAAAUAUAUGCCAAAAUAGUUUCCAAAAAUAUGAAAAUCUUGCCGUCACUCCCAAUUAAAUUUCAGGAACUCAAAGCCCUCACACAUUUAGAUCUAUCAGGGUGCAGUAAUUUGGAAGAGUUGCCAACUUCCUUCACUCAAUUAUUGGAACUUCAAUAUCUAUCAUUGCGAGAUUGCAAAAAACUCGUUCUCAAAGAUCUCGGAGAAAUCUCCACCCUGGAGUAUUUAGACCUGGAGGGAUGCAUUUUGCUAAGUGAAUUGCCCAGGGGAACCACACAUCAAAGGUCCUUGAGGUACUUAAAUGUACUUCAUACCACUGUGGAACUGCCUGAGGGUCUUGAACAGCUGGAAAGCCUGGAACAGCUAUUUGUAGGGAGCAUAAUGUUGAGAACUCUACCAUCCUCUUUGAAUAACUUGGGCCAGUUAAAGGAACUGAUUCUAUUUGAAUGCUUCAAUCUAUCUGACAUCGGGGAUUCUAUUGGAAAGUUGGUGCAUUUGGAAAGAUUGCGGAUAUCCCGGUGUUCAGCUAUGAGGAUGUUACCAGAAAGAAUUGCAUGGACGAAUAUUAAAAAUUUGGAUGUGCGGUGGUGUUUAAUGUUUGAAGGGUUCAAAAUUGAAAAUGACUCAGGUAGAACUCCAUCGGAGAGAUUUCUAAUCCGCAGAGCAGAUCCUGGAGCCGAUGAUUUUAGCAACUCAGAGAGGAAAGCUUCUCACCAUAUAAGUUGUUUAACAAAUCUGAUCAUAAGAGACAGCCGCAUAACCCAAGUGUAUAUUCCUCAAGCCAAAUCCCUUUGCCCCAAUCUUGAAACUGUUGAUCUUUCCAACAAUCUAUGUUUAACAAGGAUUGAAGGUUUGCCAGACAGUUUGAUAAGUCUAAAGCUGAUGGAUUGCCGAGCAUUGAAGGCACUUACAUGUCUAUCUAAUCUCACACGCCUUAAAUCUCUUGAUAUUAGUGGGUGUGAUGGACUGGAAAGCCUAAAUGUGGAAGACCUGAGCUCAAUAGAAGAAAUUAAAGCAGACAAGUGUUGGAGGCUGAGCAGCAUGCGAGGACUGGCCCAGUUGAAAAACUUAUCAUAUUUUCAGAUAUCCACAUACAACACAGUCUCGAGCUCUAAAUGGAGAGAGAUUUUGCAUUUUAAGUUGAAACGUGGGCAGUCCUUUCCAUCGAGUGUAUCGACGGCCAUUCUUUAUGGAGCAACUGUCAACAUGGAGGACAUUGGUGAAAUGGAAGGGUUAGCUCACAGCUAUCAAGAUGUUACAGUGAGAGGCAUCCCCUCGGGCCUACUAGAAACAGGAAUGCCAGUUUCUGUGAAGUUCGUAUAUGGGCAUUUAGAAGGCGCAAUCUUAGUGUGCCUUGUAGCACAUAAGUGUUGCAAAUUUGAAGUAACGGUAACAAAUCGUGCACAACUCCAUGAUGAAGCACAAAAGAUGCACAUAGAGAAUGAGAAGAAAUGGGUUUUUCUCCUACAUGGCGGCAGGAAACGGCAACUCAUUUAUUAA